AUGAACAUACCCGUUCCAGAAAUUUUGAAUUUGCCAUACAGCAUUGAAGUCCCAUAUUUCUUUUUAGGUGAUCAGGCGUUUGCUAUGAAAGAAUAUUGCCUCAGAACAUAUGGAGGAAUGCAUCCCGCAGAGUCGAUGGAGCGGAAUUUUAACUAUCGACAUUCAAGAGCGCGUCGUACUGUAGAGAGCGCUUUUGGAAUUUUGGCGAAAGUGUUCCGGGUUUUAGCUAAGCCCAUAGAUCUAGAACCAGAUAUUGCUGAAAAAGUUGUUCUUGCAGUUGUAACGUUGCACAAUUUUCGACGACGGCACACUUUGUAUAAUUAUUCCACCAAAUUUCUCCCUCCCACUACAGACACGCCAUCUACAUCAAUGGAAUUCGAACAAUUCAAUGAAGCAUCACCCCCUUCAAUGUUACCUUUCCCAGUAGUUGCAUUACGACCAGCAAGAGCAUUACAAAAUAUGCGAAACCAUUUGGCACGGCAUUUUUUGUUGAAUGAUCCUUAA